AUGAGGCUAGUGUAUUUGGCCGCCCUUGUGGGCACGUACUUGAGCGUGUCAGCUGAAGAGGAACACUCGUUUGCAAGGGAGCGCCUAGAAGGCGACGCCUUCAAUGUUAUUAGUAGGGUGAAAGAUGGGUCACUGCGAGCAGCCCGCCCCGUGGAGAAGGCCCCCUUCCAUCCAAGGAUCGGUGUUGUUGGGCAUCGCAUGCACAGCAAGCAGAUACAACACGCUCCGUUGGAACCAUUUGGAAAGCACCAGGACGAAAUCCAACGGCAUCCAGAGUCGAAACAUCCGCAUCACGAAGAGGCCAACAGACACUCCGCAGAGCAUAAAGCGGGGGCAGCGCACAAGCAACAUGGCGAUGCUGAUCGACGUCCAGCGGACCAUAAGGCGACCGACCGGAAGCCAGCAGAACCGCAUCAUGCUGAGGAGCACCCGGUCGAGCACAAGCCAAAAGCUGAAGCACAUCAGGCCAACGCCGGUAAGCGGCCAGCAGAGCACCAUGCGCCAGGCGCAAACCCAAAGCCGCAUCACGAACACCCUUCAGAACAUGAGCCACAGAACUCUAAAGGCAAGGCCAAGGCGAAAGCAGCAGCACAAGCAGCCAGGGCGAAAGCUGAAGCUGCGAAGCACAAAGCUGAAGUAACGAAGCAAAAGGCUCAAGCAGCAAAGCACAAGGCCCAAGAAGCCCACCACGCGGCCGAGCAUGCGCAUGCAAACCAUCAAAAGCCCAAGCCUCACGUCGCGCCCAACGAUGCGCAUGAGGACGCCCACCAGCCCGCCAAGGUCCACUACCCGGCGAAUGCCCACCUAGGAGACGCCGUUCACCGGAUGCCAGCUGCCGCCGCAAUGGCACUCGAUGGCUCGCCUGCUGAGGAUCCAACCCAGCCCACACAUGUUCACUUCGACGUCCGACCCGUCGAAACUUCAUCCUGCCCAGCUACAAUCACGACCACCAUCACCCUCGCACCGGGCACGACUACGAUCACUGUUACACCGACCAGAACCACAACGACUACGACGACAACAUCGAGCUCGACAGCAAGAUCAAUGGCUAUUACGAGCACGCCGGCUACCUACACGACUUCGGCGCAUCCGUCAGCAUGUACCGGCACGAGUGCAGCAUGUCCUUGCGCGAGCGGGUAUGCCUGUCUUUUGGUGGGAGACUGCGAGUGGGAGUGUAUUGCUACUGCGAGCGCGACGCCGACGUCGUAA